UCAAAAAUAUAUUUUUCCCCAACCACCAACAAAAUGCACUUGCCCGGCCCCAAUCGUCAGUCAUUCAUCAGACUUUCAAUCGGUAGGAGUGGAGAAGGAUUCUAUGUUAAAAAAAAGAAUCACAAAAAAUCAUCAACAAAACAGAACGAACGUAAAAAAAAAAGAAACUUACAAAAAUUCCAAUCAACUAUACUAUCAAAUUUCAUUCAGCUGCAAUCUUCAUCAUUUUUGGUUUAAUUUUUGGAUAACAAAUUACAAAAAAAUAAAAUCAUUUAAUUAAGAUAAAAACCUACUUAAACACAGGCACACACGCUUAGUAUAGGAUACAAAUAAUGUGAAUUCGCCGCAAAAUGAUGUUGAGUACAAUUAAUUCCACUACAAAUAAUAAUUGCAUAAUCGGCAAUAUUAUGACCAAUCACGGAACCCAAUCCAAAGAUGAAGUUGAUUUUGUACUUCGGCCACAUCAAGCGACAAUAGUUGUCAACAAGGAUUGGAAAAAGGAAGAUGUUCCUCCUCCGACGACAGUGGCUGUGGUCGAUCAACAACAAAUUCAUAAUAAAAAGAUUGAAAUUCAGAAUGGCUUAAAGAAAUCAGUGCUACCAAAUAGAACAAAUUAUAAUAACGUUACUAGUAAUAAUAAUAAUGACGUAAAAGGAAAUAUAAAAGCAUCUUUAUCCAGUUUGGAUAGACUAUCAUUGUUUGCGUUUAGCAAGAAAAUCAAUAAUAAAUCCAGUCCUAGUGUUGUCACAAAUGAUUCGACACAAACGAACGAUACCAAAUUGCAAAUGUCACUUAUAGGUACUAUCCCUCAAGAUGCACAAAACUGUGGUAACCAUCAUCAACAUCAUAAAUUUGUCAAAGCUGCCUCGAUAGCCAGGUUACUUGGGAAUACUUAUAAUACAAAGAAAUUUGAAAAGGAAUUGGCAGCAGCUUCAGGUGGUAACGGUGGUGGUGAUGUUAAGACAAAAUUCAACACAUUUUCGGGUGGACGAAGAAGAACCAAUGCACCUUAUAUGGAAAGAUUUAAAAAGUAUUGUAAGGAAGAUGAGGAUCUGCCUGAUAUUGGCAGUGGUUGUCAUGGUGGUGGUGGUGGUAGCGGACUAAGUACAACGACAAGUUUAAGUGUUAGUAAUAAAGAUGUGGCAGCACUUAAUUUGGAGAAUUUUCAUGACAGCAACAAGGACUUAAGUGCGAAAGCUUUUCGAACAAUUUCCCGCGGGCUGGGCAAAUUGUGGUGGAAGAGGACGCAUAGUGUAGACAUUAGUAAUCCAGAUCCGGAGUUUAAGGUCUCCUAUUUGGGCAAUGUGCUCACUGGUUGGGCUAAAGGAGAAGGUUGCGUUGAAAAGCAAUUAAACACCCUUUGGCGCAACUACCAACAAAAUAACAAACCCGAUGUGAUAAUGCGAAUUAAAGUUUGCGCUUCUGGACUGAAAGCAACAACACGACAACACGGACUUACCGAAUACUGGGCAAAUCGGAUAACCCAUUGUUGUGCCCCGAAGAAUUUUCCACGAGUAUUCUGUUGGAUUUACAGACAUGAGGGUCGAAAACUUAAACAUGAAUUGCGGUGUCAUGCAAUAUUAUGCAGUAAAGAGAAAGUUGUUCAAGAAAUCUGUAGUACCUUAAAAGAAAAUCUAGAUCGUGCUCUGAGAGAUUUUAAACGAGAGAAAAUCCUCAAACAGAAUGCAAGAUUAAGUUUGGCAAAUUCGGCCUAUGACAAUCCAAGUUUACCAAGGAGAAAAAUUCUACUUUCGGUUGGUGGUAACAAUUAUAGGCCGCCCUUAGAGAGAUCAAAGUCAGCACCAAAGCUAAUGGCCAUUGAAGAAGCAAUUGGUGAAGAAGAUGGCGAAGAAAUCGAAGAAACCAAUGAACCAGAAAUGAAAGCCUGUUGUCAAAAGGAUUCUCUAUAUCCGGCUAUGACUUUGGGUAGGCGAAGAUGUCGGCGUGGUCACUCCAUAAGACGUACUGGGAAGACAAGACCGAAUUUCUGUGAAACAUUUGAUAAUAUCACUAGCAGCAAUGGAUGCUGUAAUACCAAAGAACACAGCAAAGCUAUGACAAAGCAACAUGACGAUGAACACAAAAACGAUGAAAGCAACAAAAAGUCAGCAGAUUUGGGCUCCGAUGAAGACGACUACGAAAAGUUGUUGAUUUUCAACAAUUACGACACAGAUUCCCCUCUAGCUGGAGAACUUCUUCCUUAUUUCGACCUGCAAAUGAUUAAGAACACGAAUAGUACAAGUUUAAAUGAUCUUACAAAUUCUUUAAAUGACCUUGAUCACGAUGGAGAUAAUCAUGGUGAAGAUGGCCUAGUCGAGGAACAUCCAAACUAUGAACCCUCAGCUGGUCAUAUCGAAGCUGAAAGACCAUGUCAAAAUACAAUUGGUGGACUUUGCAGCGAUGACGAUGAUGAGGAAGAGCUCUCAACAGAUGACUUGUUUUUUCGUCAGGCUAGCAUAUUGAAUAUGCUUCAUCGAAAUUCGAUGCGAAAGAUACAACAUCUUUCGAUGAGCAGCGAAGAGAGCUCAUUGGAGAACCAAGGAACAAGUAGUGUGGCUCCAGUGAUAGCAAACCGAAAACAAUUAUCGAUGGAUAGUGAUGAAGGAUCAAUAUCGAGCGGAUGUGAAACAGCAAGCACAGUGACAGCUAAUGCUGAUGAUAUAUCGUUAAAGUUUCGCCACCUUCAACAACAGCAAAGAACCCAAACAAUAAGCUAUUCAUCUACUGAAGGACCCUCAACAGCAGAAGAUACAGCUGCUGAAGAGGAGAAUUGCCAAAGAAACUCGAAUGAGGGGCUUUUUUGCUCGAAAAUCUCCCUCAAGUUACAACAGCCUAAUUCGUCAUUCAAAGAAAGCACCCGAUUAAAACCAAAAAACGACCACGAUGGGUCGGAUUCUGAAUGCAGUGAUGAGUCUGGCUAUGUAGAGUAUCAGGAUGUACAAAAGACAGCAAACAUUAGCAGCUCCAGUAGUCAGCGGGCGAGUACAAGUACCGCAGUUUAAGACCAAUUUACUUAUAUAAUUAUCAUAAUGACGAAAUCUAUUGUUUUAUUUUGUUAAAAUAUUUAUUUCAGCACAAAUGUUGUUUCAACAAAUAUUUAAAAAAAAAAACUUAUUUUUAUCGAUUGUGUAUGUAUGAAGUGUUUUUUCUUGUAAUAUGUAACAUAGUUUUAUAUUGUUUAAAUUUAUAUAAAUUAAAAUGUUUUCUUCUAACGAACGCCCUUCCGCUCCCGUAUUAUUUUUAAGUUAUAUACUAGACAAUGUUAUAGGUUUUAUUGUAUUUAAACUUAAGAAAAGAGAUGAUAAUUUUAUUUGCAAAAAAUGAUUGUUUGUUGCAUUGUUUUUUUUA